GUCACAGACGUCAGUUUAUCAGAGGAAAGUUACAGGAUGUUGAUUUAAAAUCCUGCGUCACAAAGGAAGCUGAGUUUAGAUGUCACUGUACCACCCACACUGUUUGAUUGACAGGUGAGGUGUGGUAAAGAACGAAGCAGAAACACUCCGAGUGUGUGUGAGGGUGAUAUUUCUUGCAGUGGAGCUGGUGGAGCUGGUGGAGUGGGUUAGGGAUCAGUGCCCAGCCUGCAGCCAGACACCGUGUUUUGUUGUCGAGCUGAGCGAGCUGCCAACCUGCUGCCAGCCUGUGCUGUUCAGAGGGGAGGAAACAUCGUCCACUCCUUAUCUGACCGAGGUGUGUGAUACACUGGGCGAGGUUUCAUGCUGCAGCACUGCUGCUGCUGCUGCUGCUGCUGCUGCACACUUUACAGCCGGAUUCAAGGAGCAGCGUUGCUUCAUCGGGGUGAUGGCGUGCUUACAGAGGGCCAUGCAGCAUCCACGCCUCUGUGUCACCUUCUGUGUGUCCACCAUGUUACUGCUCAUCGUCUUCAGCCAAGCGUUCAGGGACAGACGGCAGGACGAGAGACACAAAAGAGACAUCGUGGACUCCACAGAAAUCCCAGCAGAGCACAUCGACCCAGCUGCCAUCGACCUCACUCCCCUCGUCAAUACUUUAAUAAAUACGAGCCAAUCGGGCUCCCGUCAGCUCUUCUCCCUCCUCAGCGUGACGUCCUACAGCUCUCUGGCUCUCCAUAAACUCACCCUGUUGGUCUACAACAUUUCCAGCAUUAAGAAUUUAGAGAGCAGCACGUUCAGGAGAAGAUUCUGCUACUGCGUCACCAACGAGACCAACGACCUGACAGACUUCACGGCCAUCCUGUUGGACGUGAUGGGAAACUCGACGAGUUACCUCCACGAGCUCUUUAAAUCUGCCUCCAUCUUGUCAGUAAGCCAGAGGAACAACUCAGACUGUAUCUACAUCUGUGUGAUGGCGGGUAAGAUGGGCAGAGAGGUGUCCGAGCUGUGGGAGUUCGACUCCAUCACUCCACUCUACAACCAGACCAUCGUGGAAGGACCACACAGAGUGGGUAACCUCUCCUCCAUCAGACUGCCUGACGAUUGGCACCACCUCCCCACCAAUCUGAGUCACAUCGCUCCGUCUGGGAUGAGCUCCAUGUUAACCAGCAGAGUCCAUUCUACUGCACACGUUUCACCAACAGGUGUUGAUGAAACAGUCGCUAUAACAGCAAAGAUCACCACUGCCCGUCCGCCCGCAACGUCUCGACAACCUACAACCGUCAUGUCUCAGAGUCAAACUACAGCGGGCGGACGACCGCACGCGACGACGAAAGCUGCAGAAAAAACAGCAACAAUGAUUUCACAACCAAUCAUAUCAACGCAACCAGCAACCACCCUGCGAGUCACCACUGCAUCCGUCACUACAGCUGCAGCUCCAACCACAGCGAGACCUCGAACGACCCGACUGACCACCGCCUCGACCAAAGCCACCACGUCCUCACCGGUUCUCAGUCUGACCCGGCUAACUACAGCUACAACAAGGCAGCUCACAGUUCAUCCCACAGCAGGACCGACGGGACCUCUCAGCAGGAGACCUACAACCUCCAACACACCUGUGGAGCAACCAGGUUGUCCUUGGAGAAGGCCGGAGCUGACGGACGCCUCGUUCUCCGGCAGCACGACGACCGUCAGCGCUCACAAGCUGCAGCCGUGCGUCCUUGAACUCUGCAAGUUCUUCGCUCAGUGCAUCUGCAGACCCUUCGGCCGCAAGGCGCGCAAGAAAAGAUACUGUGACAACAGCCAGGUCUGGUAUGAAAAACACACAUCUGAGGUGUGUCGGCGGGUCAGGAGAAUCUCCUUCUCCAGAAAUCUGAAACAGAGAUGCCUGACAAAGAUGUGCAAUAAACUGUGACCACAGUGGAAGCAGAGAGACACAAAGAGCUGUUCAUCAUCACAGGAAGUGACUGCAGAUGAGUAACACGUCUGGAACAAACAGAACCAGAACAUACCGGACAAUCGAACCACGAGACAUCUCCGUAAUCUGACAUGUGUCACUAUAAAGUAUAAUAAUGUAGUUAUCGUUAGGGCCGAGGAGACGUGCUGGGUCUGAAUCUGAAGUCUGGAGGAAAAUCUGGACGUUUCCACGGUGACUGAACGUCCUGGACUAUUUAUGGAAAUCAUAUUUAAUAUCAAACUCCUGAGAUUAACUGAACAUGUAAAGUUUUUUUGGGGGGGAAAGAAACUAGAAAUCUUUGUUUGUUAAGAAAUUAUUCAAUAAAAAAAAUGUUUAAUUUUAUCAGCUGCCUCGCUCAGUGUCUCCUCGUCAGUCAGUUGGAGUAUGAGAGUAUUUUCUCCUCUUAGCUUCCUCCGUCAGCGUCCUCUUCGCUCUCUCCUCCUCUGCCAUUAUGUCCGUAGAGGCUGCUGAGCCCGGUUACACUGCCCGCUCU